UUCCCGCCAUUUACCCUUCCAAGUUCCCCACUCUUCCUCCUACUUCAAACCCCAACUUUCUUCAGCUAGGGUUUAUCUUUCUCAUCAUAUCAUCAAUGGCGGAAAUUCAUCAAAUUGCUCACCUACUCAACGAAACUCUCAACUCAAAUGGCGAAGUUGUUCACAACGCCACAGAGCAACUGGAUCGUCUCUCCGUCUCCUCCGAUUUCCCUUUCUCUCUCCUCUCCCUUGCCACCGGAGAUGGAAAUCGAGGUCAAAAAGUAGCUGCUGCUACAUUUCUCAAGAACUUGAUGAGACGGAAUGUGUAUGGGGAAGGUCAUUCUGCUCCAUUUAGUAAGGAAUUUAAGGACAGGCUACUCGAUUCGUUACUUCGAGUGGAAUUGCCAAUUCUUAGAGUCUUCGUUGAAGCGUUUAGUUUUGUUGUUGAUGCUGAAUUUGUGAAGAAGAACGCAUGGCCUGAACUUGUGCCUCAUCUUCGUUAUGCUAUCCAAAAUAGUGAUAUUAUAAGCGGAAAUGCAAAUUGCGGGAUGUUAACUCUCAACGCGCUUAAAGCUCUUCAAACACUACUUAAGCCUUUCCAGUACUUCUUGAACCCAAAAGUUGCAAAGGAACCUGUCCCACCGCAGCUGGAACAAAUUGCAAAUGAUAUUUUGGUGCCUUUGUUGGCUAUAUUUCAUAAUUUUGCUGAAAAGGAUUUAGCUAAUACAGGAAGUUCGAACAUUGAGAUAGAGAGUGUGCUUCUCAUUGUCUGCAAAUGCACAUAUUUUGCUGUCAGGUCAUAUAUGCCAGAGUCUAUUGUACCUCUGCUGCCUUCUUUCUGUGGUGACUUAUGUGCCAUUUUGGACUCAUUAAGUCUUGUAGAAUCAGUAUCUUCAGAAGGGAGUCAGUAUGUGAGAUUAAAAACUGGGAAGAGGAUCUUGCUUCUUUUCUGUGCCCUCGUUACUCGACACAGAAAGUAUUCUGAUAAGUUGAUGUCUGAUAUCAUGAAACGUGUUCUGCACAUUACGAGAUUUAGUGCCAAUAUUAGUAAGCUAGACCACUUAUCAGAGAGGAUCAUCUCAUUGGCAUUUGAUGUUGUUUCCCACAUUCUGGAGACUGGUCCAGGAUGGAGACUGGUUUCACCCCAUUUUUCAUCAAUACUGGACUUUGCAAUUUUUCCAGCGCUCAUGAUGAAUGCAAAGGAUAUUUUGGAUUGGGAAGAAGAUGCAGAUGAAUUCAUAAGCAAGAAUUUACCGUCUGAUCUGGAAGAAAUAUCUGGGUGGAGAGAGGAUUUAUUUACCGCCAGAAAAAGUGCUAUGAAUCUACUCGGUGUCAUUUCUAUGUCAAAGGGGCCUCCGUUGGUGACUGAUAGUCAUAGUUCUGUGUCAUCUCUAAAACGCAAAAAGGGUGAAAAGAAGGGAAAAGACCAACGCUGUUCAGUUGGACAAUUGCUAGUGCUUCCUUUUCUGUCGAAGUUUCCAAUUCCUAGUGAUGCAAAUGCUUCUGAUACUAGUAUAUCAGAUAAUUAUUAUGGCGUUCUUAUGGGAUAUGGUGCUCUACAGGAUUACUUGGGAGAGCAGAAUCCCGAACACACAGCAACCUUGCUGAGGAAUCGGGUGCUACCGCUGUACAAGGUGUCCAUAACCCAUCCUUAUUUGCUUGCUGCUGCAAAUUGGAUACUUGGAGAGCUUGCAUCUUGUCUACCUGAAGCUAUGGCAGCUGAUGUGUAUUCUGCAUUGCUCAAAACACUGGUGAUAUCUGAUUGUGAAGAUAUGUCUUGUUAUCCUGUGCGAGCAAGUGCUGCUGGGGCAAUGAUCAAGCUUCUUGAAAACGAGUUCCUGCCACCUGAUUGGUUACCACUUCUCCAAGUAGUCAUUGGUAGAAUUGGUAAUAAAGAAGAGGAGAUUUCCAUGUUAUUUCAGCUUCUUAGUUCUGUGGUGGAGGCUGGAGAGAAAGAUGUAGCAGUUCAUAUACCUUUAGUUGUAUCACAGUUGGUUGAUGCAAUUGCCAACUAUAUGCCUUCCAACAUAGAGCCAUGGCCUCAAGCGGUUACACAGGGAUUUGCAACUCUAGCUGUAAUGGCUAAAUCUUGGCAAAAUACAGUACCUGAAGAAGAUGAAGAGGACGACUUAAAUGAAAAGUGGGCUACUGAUCAGAAAACAAUGGCUAUAGCUUUUUCUGCCCUCUUGCAGCAGGCUUGGCUUGGAACCAAGGAACUGGUGGGUGAUGAUGGCACUUCACCUCAAUCAUGCAUUGAUGAUGCAUCGUCAAUGCUGUGUUUUAUUAUCCAGUCCAGUACUAGCAAUGAUGUUCUUUUAGAACUCAAAGUGUCAGAUUUGUUGUCAGUUUGGGCCGAGCUCAUUGCUGAUUGGCAUGGGUGGGAAGAAGCAGAGGACUUAGCUAUCUUUGACUGCAUUAAGGAGGUUGUUAGUCUAGAAAAGAACCUUGGCCUGCCAAAUUUUUUCAUUGCAAAGAUGCCUUCACCACCAGCUCCUCCUGUACCAGAAAAGUCUCUUAUUGAAAAUAUGGCAGCAUUUAUAUGUGAGGCCAUCUCACAGUAUCCUUCCGCUGUGUCAAGGGGUUGUGCAUGUGUCCAUAUCCUUCUGCAUAUGCCAUGUUAUUCUUCUGAUACAGAAGAAGUCAAGCGUUCACUGGUUGUUGCUUUUAGUCAUGCUGCAGCAUCUAGAUUCAGAGAAGUUCAAAGCAAACCUUGUCCUCUUUGGAAACCGCUGUUGCUUGCAGUAUCAUCAUGUUAUCUGUAUUAUCCUGAUGCAGUCCAAAUGGUACUAGAAAAUGUUGAAAAAGGUGGUUUCAUGGUAUGGGCAUCUGCUGUCAAUUCCAUUUCCUCUACCUCAUUCACACCGAACACUUCAACAGAAUCAGAAAUUAAAUUAACUGUUUUCACUCUUGCCAAGGUGGUUGAUCAAUUAUUAACUAUGGGAAGUUCAACUGGUGGCAUAUUAAGGGAAUGCUUUAGUUCACUGUUGGCGUCAUUUUUACGGUUGAAAGAAAUUCAGGAAGAAAAGGGCACAGAUGAAGAAAUUGAAGAACCUGAAGAUGAAGAGGAAGAGGAAACUGAUGAUGAUGACGACGAGGACUCUGAUGCUGAUGUACAUGAAGAAACUGAAGAGGAGUUUCUAGAAAGAUAUGCUGAGGCUGCUGCUGCUUUGAAAAACGGAGCUCUUGCUGAAGAAGGGGACUCUGAAGAUUUUGAUGAAGAACCUGAACUGGGUUCAGUUGAAGAUCUUGAUCCACAGAUAAUACUGCAAUCAUUACUUGAGAGGUAUCAUGGAAUUCUUAUAAAACAAGAGUCUCUAUCUCCAGAGCUUAUCUCAAGUUUGCUAAGCAUCUUUCCAGAGUACACCACGUUCUUUCAGUGAGCUGAUUGUGUCCAUUCUGUUCACCCAGUAUGUAUUUAAAUCACCCAUAUUCCUUCGAGCCAACACAUUCAGAUUGGAUCCCAUAUUGUGAUCAUUUUUUCUUCUAUUGAUUCGUUGAAUUAUAUUGGAGUAUGUCUUGUAUAUGAUUGAGUGCACAAUUCUGUUUCAUUUUAUCAAGGAACUACAGCAUCUAUCAGAUGAAGAUGCUGUCAUUUUUUUUUUUUAUGUUUGUGAGAGCUUUAUAUUUGUUGUAGAGAUUGUGAAAACUUUGUUAAUGCUGAUUAAUGAAGAUUCAAAAUAACUUAGCCAA